AUGAGUCCUAAGCGCAUCAUUGCCGUCUGCGGUGCAACUGGCACCCAAGGAGGCAGUGUUAUUACCCAUCUUCAGCGUGACGGGACUUUUGCCAUUCGCGCUUUGACACGAAAACCGGCAUCGCCACGAGCCAAAGAACUAGUAGAUGCUGGUAUCGAAGUUGUCUACGCGGAUUAUGAUGCGAUCGAGAGCUUGAUAUCCGCCUUUAAAGGAUGCUAUGGUGUUUUUGGUGUCACAAAUUGGUUCGAAGCCUUCGAGAGAGAACGAGAACAAGGAUACAACCUUGUGAGAGCAGCGAAAGCCACCAAUAUCCAACAUUUUGUGUUCUCGGCCGAUACGAAUGAUUUCCUUAUUGCAUCUAAGCUACCCCGCACCAGCAUAUACCUCACAUUCUAUUAUUCAAACAUCUUUCUCUUCGACGCCAUCAAAAAGUGUACAGACGGCAUUUUCCAACUGGAUCUCCCGUUCCCAACUGAUUGCCCUAUACCAAGCAUGUCAGCCUCUGACGUUGGUGGGUUUGUGCUUGCUGCUUUUUUGGACCCGGCAACGUGGGUUGGGCAGGAUAUGCGCCUAUGUACCGAGUUCGUAACUCCCCGAGAAUAUGCCACCAUAUUGAAGAAGUAUCAGGGUACGAUAUUGAGAGUGACACUAUCCCUGAAGGUGCAUCUAAUGAGUAUGAAGAUGAAUGGCAACCCGUAUCCUUCAGAAGUGUGGUCUGUCUUUCGUUGGUUCCUUGAGAGCCGCACUUGGUUCCUUGAGAGCCGCACCAUCUCUACUUUUUCACCAAAGUUUGCAGUGGACGUUUUUCCAGCGCGGGAAACUUGGAGGCAUUAUGUUACUCGACACCUCAAAGCCGAUCCGCCUUCACCCCCUCUAGUAUUCAAGCGGGAGCACAAUAUAGUUAACAAGGAUUGA